UCCAGGCGUUGUUUUCGAAAUUGGUACUGCGCCUGCGCAACGAUAGGAGUCCUUGGCUGGUCGGCCUGCUGUAGGUUACAGAACCUGUGUGAGGGGACACAGACAAAAUGCAGAGCUGGACACAGUUAUACCGCUCUCUGGCCACGCGGAGCCACCAUCUCCCCUGCAAACUGCAUGGAGCCACAGCUCUGUCUGUCAGAACCUACGCUGAUAAAGCCGCAAUUGAUGCAGAUGUCACAGUGGUGGGCUCCGGUCCAGGCGGCUACGUUGCUGCCAUCAAAGCUGCACAGCUCGGCUUCAAGACGGUGUGUGUGGAGAAAAAUGCCACACUGGGUGGGACUUGUCUCAAUGUUGGCUGCAUCCCCUCAAAGGCUCUGCUGAACAACUCCUACUUGUACCACAUGGCUCAUGGCAAAGACUUUGAAAGCAGAGGCAUCGAAAUUUCAGGCCUCUCGUUGAACCUGGAAAAGAUGAUGGCUCAGAAGAGUGGGGCAGUCAAAGCUCUGACCGGAGGAAUCGCACAUCUAUUUAAACAGAACAAAGUGACCCAUGUCAACGGUUUUGGGAGGGUGACUGGUAAGAACCAGGUGACUGCUACAACAACCGAUGGUGGUGAACAGGUCAUCAACACAAAGAACAUCCUCAUCGCCACUGGCUCCGAGGUCACACCCUUUCCUGGUAUUCAGAUCGAUGAGGAGACAGUUGUGUCAUCGACAGGAGCUCUUUCCCUGAAGAAAGUACCAGAGGAGUUGAUUGUGAUUGGAGCUGGAGUCAUUGGAGUGGAGCUAGGCUCAGUGUGGCAGCGUCUGGGCUCCAAGGUCACAGCGGUGGAGUUCCUCGGUCAUGUGGGUGGCAUGGGCAUUGACAUGGAGGUCUCCAAGAACUUCCAGCGCAUUCUGCAGAAACAGGGCCUCAAGUUCAAGCUCAGUACGAAAGUCAUGGGAGCCACAAAGAGGCCUGAUGGCAAGAUUGAUGUGGCAGUGGAGGCAGCAGCUGGAGGGAAGAAUGAGACUCUGACAUGUGACGUGCUGCUGGUCUGCAUUGGCAGACGACCUUUCACCCAGAACCUCGGCCUCGAAUCUGUUGGCAUUGAGCUGGACAACAGGGGUCGCAUCCCUGUCAACAACCGCUUCCAGACCAAAGUGCCGAGUAUUUAUGCAAUCGGUGACGUAGUCGCUGGACCGAUGUUGGCCCACAAGGCUGAAGACGAGGGCAUCAUCUGUGUGGAGGGUAUGGCUGGUGGUGCCGUGCACAUCGACUACAACUGUGUUCCCUCCGUCAUCUACACACACCCCGAGGUGGCCUGGGUGGGCAAGACAGAGGAGCAACUCAAAGAGGAGGGUGUCCCUUACAAAGUUGGCAAGUUCCCCUUCGCAGCCAACAGUCGAGCCAAAACCAAUGCUGACACUGACGGCAUGGUGAAGAUCCUCAGCCACAAGGAGACAGACAGGAUGAUGGGAGCUCACAUCCUCGGAUCAGGAGCCGGAGAGAUGAUCAAUGAAGCUGCUUUGGCCAUGGAGUACGGAGCGUCAUGCGAGGAUGUCGCCCGGGUCUGCCAUGCCCAUCCUACAGUGUCGGAGGCUUUCAGAGAAGCUAACCUCGCUGCCUCCUUUGGCAAAGCUAUCAACUUCUAAUCUGCCAGCCGCUGUCGCACCUUCAGCAGACGUAGCAGUGGAGAAGCACAAAGCUGUGUGUCUGCGUCAACACAUGCAUCAGUUUCCCCCAUUGAGCUCCUCUGUAUACAUCCAACCUGUACCACAUUUAGUUCUGAUGUUAUUUAAAUGUUCUCCAUAAAAUAAUAAAAGGGGGUUUGGGUGGUAACUAA